UAUAUUCCUACUCAUUCUCCGUUCCAUGCACUCAUUUUCCAGCGACAUAUCAAUAUUCAUAUAGAAGUCCAUGGCUAGUGCAAGAGAAAGAACUGCUCCAGUAGGUCGGUGGAACUUCAAGUUGAAUUAUCUUCAAAGGUUCGGGUUUUCCGAACGGUACUCGGGCAUCACCGAUACUUCUUCAAGCUCCAGCAGCAUCGAGUUUGAUUUUCUUGAAGUCGGGGAUGGUAAAAGUUAUCUGCAUGAAACCAGCAUCUCCAGCUCCGACGAGAAUUAUCAGCAACACGAAGUCUGGGAUGAGUAUGCAGAGACGGCACUUCGAGAUACCAGUAGUGACGUCGAAGAAAGCAAGAAGUUCUGGGAGACGCAGCACCAGCUAUUACAGGCCACCCUGCGCAGAAGUAGCUCCGUGGAAGCAAAGCUUAGAAACCUCACGAAAGAAGCUUUGGAAGAAAUACAAAUGGCAGGCAACGGAACAUGCGACUGUGGGGCUCAUCGCCGCCCCACUGGUUGCCGGAAUUGCCUCAUGAGAGAAGUUUCUGUUCGCCUCCAUAGCGCAGGUUUUGACUGUGGGGUCUGUAAAUGCAGGUGGAGGAGCUCUCCCUCUACAUCAGCAGGAGAGCAUGCAUAUUUGGAUGUGUUAUACAAGUCAAGAUCCAAGAACGGGGAGGUCGUGAGGGUGAUAAUCAAUUUGGACUUCCGGGCCGAGUUCGAGGUGGCCAGAGCGUCGGACGAAUACCUUCGCUUGCUCCAGAAAUUACCAGAGGUCUUUGUCGGGAAAGCAGAGAGGCUUCAGUCUGUGAUCAAGAUAUUAUGUAGGGCGGCGAAGAAGUGCAUGCAUGAAAAGCAGAUGCACAUUGGGCCGUGGAGGAAGCACGGGUACAUGCAGGCGAAGUGGUUCAGUCCAAACUGCGAAAGAUCGGCGAACCCUCCGACGGGGAACUCUUCUUGGCUGGUGGAAUUUUAUUCCACGCGGUCGGCGAGGCCGAGGGCUUCGAUGCUAACGGUGGACAUGCUGGAAACUUUGCCCAACAGCCAUGCCAAUGCGGUGCAAGUUGCCUGACAUAUGGUUUGCGCGUGUGUUGUUUUAAUAUACUAUUUCUCUUGCGGUCCUUGAAUUUUGUAAAUAAUUCCUAAUGGUCAGUUUAAUUGUAAACUGUGAGUACUGUUCCAUUAUUGUAAAAGAAAUGGGGACCUAGGGAUACUAAUAUAGCCACUACACAGUACUUGGAUGGACCGAGACAAGGUUUUGAUGAACUAUUAGAUUGCAAAUUCAAUGGACUAGUGUUUGGUUGAUUA